UUUGGAACUCCUUGCCAACCUUCAUUGCCGCCCUUUCAUGUCAGUAAGCGUCAAAAAAAUUUUAAAAAAUAAAUUUUGUUUGCUCAGUCGUUUGCAGUGUUUAAGAGGUUCUUGCUGUCGUGAUCAACGUCCUUUAGCUGCUCGUCUUGGGCCUAUUAUUUAUCCACAAGACCUAAUUUCCAUAUAUGGAUUUGGAGGGUUUGGAGGGUUUGGAGGGAAUGGAUUUGGCUUUGCACCUGGAAUUGGAGGUUUUGGAGGCUUAAUACCUGGUGGAUUAAUACCUGGAGGGUUUGGCGGAUUUGGGGGCGGUUUUGGUGGAAUUUGCUUUGAUACAGCUUUAAAUUGCUUCUCUUAUGUAGCCUAUUGUGUUGUGCCUAUUUAUAGGGUAAUUAAAUAA